UUAACUAGCUACAUAAGACUACUUUGUUAUAUUCCAUAGCCCAUACACACUUGAAUUAUAUCUUAUGUAGCAUCUUAUGUUACUGAUGCUAAUAAAACAUGCCCCUACAACUUCAACUGUCAUCAUAUCAUGAGGUAUUUAUGAGAACCUUUUCGAACUCAGGGAGAAUUAAGGUCAUUUUUUAUCCUGAAGGUCAUUUAUUUACAUUUCACAUGCUACAAGUUCAGCAACAUUGCAUUUUUUCAUUCAAGUAAAUGCACUCGUAUUUUCUGUUACACUCAAAACCAUGUCAACUUUGCUCACACAAAUUGUAAAACUACUUGGGAUUUAAUACCCAAUUUCAUAAAUCCAAUUAGCUGCAGAAGCAAAUAAACAAAAUAGGGUAAUGUGUUAUUUUAUAGAGUCCUUGUUACAUAUGUUACAUGCACUUACCAUAGUAAUAACAGUAGAUUAUUCAUAAUGACAUGCAAUACCCUCAACCAAGCCCUGAUCCUACCUAACUCUAUAAUAUGUUGUUCAUUAAUACUCAGUGCUUAAAUAUUGUUAAUGGAUCUGACCUUUUAUCUCACACCUUUGACCCUAUUAUUCAGGUAGGGUACGGAUAAUCAAAUCAAAUAGAAAGCAGUUAUUGCUAAAUAAAAGUUCUCUUAAUCUCUAAACAGCAAUAUUAGAGAUGUAGUUAAGCGUCCCUUGUUGCAUGAUGCUCUCUUCACCCAGGCUGUACACACUCGUUAACAUUUAUGGUUGGUUACAAAAGUAGACUCAAUAACCUUACUUUCACUGCUUAUUGAUCAUCUUGGAAGUACUGCACUGUCCAAUUUCACAAUCAUUCAAGCAUUAUGGCAUUAACUUAAAAGUAAGCAAAUAACAUAACAUUGACAAUAUCAAUAUCCAAAACAAAAUUUCAUUACACUAAGAGCACCUUAAAAUAAAGUGAAGCCCAAAAUAGAUACUACAUUUAAUACAUGUAACAAAAUAGGAAUUCAAUAUAAGGAUAUAGUAACCUGCAGCCAUAAUUCAUUCUUUCAUUGACAUGAAUUAUAUUUGUCAAUAGUUGUACUAAAAUUUGUAAAUGGCAAUAGGCCUACAUGAUAUGAUGCGUCAAUAGUUAUAAAUUACACGUUUGUAUAGCCUAUCGGAUAGUGUUAACCCAUAUUGAGUGAUAAACACUCACCCGACAGAAUCUGAUGCCUUUAAUGUUUCCGUUUUGAAGCCUUUGUGUCAGACCACAGUAAUCAGUGAUGCAACAUAUUUGGGCAUCAGACAAUGGAAGGGAAUAGAAUAGAAGUCUAUAAAUUGUGUCUCAAACAUUUUUAUACAUUUAAUAAAUGUUUGUCACAAUGUUAAGUUUUAUUAAUAAUAGGCGAGGAUUUUUUGCAGCGCCGUUGAUGAUGCUCGAAAUGUUUAAUUAGUCUCUGAGACACAGUCAUUGUCUUGUGUUGUAAAUACUUGUUCUUUUGGUUGGGUGAGGAAUGUGCGCCAUGCGGAACACUUUACGUGAACAUGGUGUUCCAGCCGAGGCCAUUUCACAGUCGGAUCACUGUUUGUUUUGAUGGCAACAGCGGUAUUCCACAAUACUUGUGUGAAUGGCAUUUAUAAAUAUGGGUGAAAAAAACAACUUAAUUUAAUAGGGAUGGAAGAGGCUGAGCUUUUGGCCUUUCGGGAGCGCUGGAAGCAGGAGUUGGAGAAAAACACAGACAAAGAGAGAUAUUUUGGGCAUCUCAGUAAAGACAAUUCAUCUGUUCAGCAAAGCACUAGCUUUUGGGAGAAGCAGAGCAAUGCGUCCCAGCAAACUCAGCCCACAUCAAAAGAGCAGCCGGAGUAUGUGUCGAUCGCCGAGGGGUUGUUAGACGGGAGAAGUAGUCCACUGAUGGACAGAAUCGAGCAAGAGAGAACGCGCAGGAAACGCGCUCCCGGCAGCGACGCGCUCAACACACACGCGCCCCCCAAAAAAGAAAACAAGCGCCAGAAACUGCUUGAGCAGUUCCUUCAGGACCUGAAUGAAGUGAACGACAUCCCAUUCUUUGAUGUGGAGUUGCCCUAUGAGCUGGCGCUAAAGAUUUUCCGCUUCAUGGGUAGAACGGAUCUAGGACGAUGUGCUCAGGUGAGUAAAUCCUGGAAGGUACUGGCUGAGGAUGAGGUCCUGUGGCAUAGAUUGUGUCUAAAGGAAGGUUUUCACAAUGGGGCCAGUAUCUCUGACUCCCCCUGCUGGAAGAGCACGCUCAGAGACUGCCGCAACACAGAGAACGGGGUCAAGUCAAACUGGAAGAAUCGUGUUGGAUCCAUUCGUCACCUGCAGUACGAGUUAGGAAAGGUGUUGUGUGACGUCAGUUCCUGUGCUGGUCUUGUUAUCGCUGGUUACACCUCUGGUGAUGUCCGUCUGUGGGACACGCUUCACUGGGACAAAUCAUAUCUGUACCCCACACAUUCCAUCAGAGACGAAACCCCUGCCCCAUAUGUUAGUCACGUACGUGUCAAUAAGACUGUAGCCACAGCUGCUUAUGAGAAUGGGUGUGUGGAUGUGUGGAGCACUGAAACCGGUCUUGAGCCCAUUCACCGGUACCAGCACCUCAGUAGGGUUCAUGCUCUGGAUCUAAGUCCUGACAGUCCUGCUUUGGCCUCUGCAUCAGGACCAGAAGUGCGGGUGGACGCGCCAGAUGAGAAGGGCUACUGGAAAUCACGAUGUCUCGUUCAGUUACCAAAGCCUGUAGAUGGGGUAUUGGUGGUGCCAGGGAGACGGGACUUCCCUUUGGUCACAGCAUGGGCAGGAGAGAGCGUUUACCUGCUGGAUUCCAGAUGGAAGGAAGAACAGGAGCCAAAAGUUCUUCACUUUGUGUACGACCAUCCGGUGACCUGUGUGGACGUGUCAUCCUGCAGAGCCGUCCUGGGGAUCAAAAGCUGCGGAUGGGGCAUGAAUGAUGGAGGCAACAAGAUUCAGGUGUACAGCCUGGAGACCGGCCAGUGUGAGCUGACCGUGGGGAACUCGGCGGGAGACUUCACCUGCGUCAACCUGAGAGACAGCCCUCCUCACCUGCUGGUGUGUGGGAACAAAGACAGGCGAGUGAGAGUGUUUGACUUGCGUACUGGCUUGUCCGUCGUCUCUUUGUAUGCCCAUCACAUGGGCGUGACCACCGUCCAGGCAGAUGAUUGGAAGGUUGUGAGCGGAGGCGGCGAGGGAUUGGUCAGUGUGUGGGAGACGAGGAUCGGAGCCAAACUCUGGGAAAUGCACAACAGGCACCCGGUUCGCCACAUACGGUUCAACAGCAGCACUCUGGUGACGGCCAAUAUCCCUGAUGAGAAGAGCCCUCGUGGGGCUUGUAUCACAGACGAUGACCUCACCGCUCACCGCAGAUACAGAGGGCUGAUCUGUCACUACGACUUCUCAAUGGACUCAUCUACACAGGACCACGUUCUGCCCAUCUGUAGGUCCAACUACAUCGAGUCCUCGGGCUACAGCUAUAACAUUGGCUUGGCGGUGCCUUAUGACAUACUGAGUGGUCCUUAGAUUGGCAUCUGAUACGCCGUGAUUUUGAGGCAAGUUGGACUGGGAAGAAUGCCAUUGAAUUUGCUUUUUUAAGAUAAUCUAGGCUUAUAUUCCUUAAAACUAUUUCUUUAUUUAAUCAUAAUUUGUGUAAUUUUCAAAACUUUGUGUUUAGAUGACACAUUGAGAUGUGUUUGAGGACUGGUAUUAUUUAAUUCUAGGUCUUUUUAUAUAUGUAUUGUAUCAUGUUCUGUCCUUGCACAGUUUAGUAUACAAUACUAUUAAAUCAUCAUCUGAGAAAAUGAAAUACAUACAAAUCAUACAAAAUUAAGUUCCAGUGGUUUUAAUGCUCUCUAAUUCAACAUACAAUUACACAGUCCUUCAAAUGUAUGAUUUUGUAAGACUCUUAUGCUCACCUAGACAACAUUUAUAUGAUCGAAAGUAAAAGUUCAGUACAGUAAAAUACAGUAUUUUAAUAUUUUGUUUUAUAUUGUAAUAUAUUUAAAAAGCAUCAUUACUUCAGUCUUCAGUGUCGCAUGGUCCUCGGAAAUCAUUGUAAUGUGCUGAUUUCUAAUCAUUAUUAGUGUUGAAAACUGUCGUGCUGCUUGAUAUUUUUAUGGAAACUGGAAUACAUUAUAUUUCCUGGAUUAAUUAAUGAAUAGAAAGUUCAAAACAACGGCAUUUAUUGGAAAUACAAUUUUUUUUGUAACAUUUUAAAUAACUUUACUGCCACUUUGGAUCAGUUUAAUACGGAGCCCCUAAUGGGACCUUUGACAGUGACGCAAAUUGUACGCAAACCGGAAAUUGUAAUGCGUGCGCACGAGAAACGUAUCGCAUGUCCAUGAGAAACUAUCGCGUGCUCACGCAACACGUUACACGUGCGCACACGAUAGUCUUUUUUUUUGCAAA